UCGAUCGCGCGGGCGUUUUUCCGAAAACUAAUUUUUCCACAUCUUAUUCCUUUCUCCUUACGCCUUUAUGUAGUAAUUAUUUAAAUUAUAAUAAUGAGGUUUUUUGUUAUAAACAUUCUCUUCACAACAUUAAUGAUUGGUAUCGCUCGCGCUGCUUCAAAUAUACAUUCAAAGCAAAACCACACAGUAUCAGGCAACAGAGGUUGUACUCUGACAGGGACCAAUAAAGCUCUGUGUUCUCAAUCUGGUCACGAGUUGGUGUGCACUAGAGGGUUCACCAAUGAUUGGUUGACCGGAGUAAGGCACGAAAUAAGAAGUUUAAAGGUUGUGGAUUGGCCGGGUACUUGUUUUAACGUGAAUCGCUUGGAGUAUCAUUACCCCAACUUAAGAGAAUUAGGCUUUUUAAACUGCACGCUAAUCACCAAACUUAAAGGUCGCUUCACCGCAGCAAGCAGAAUUGAGAAGUUCUCAGUGCAUGGUUUGACAUCGUUAUGGGAAGUUCCAGCAGAAAUGGUUUCACAAAUGUCACAACUCAAAAUUAUUGACCUCCGAGACAACGUGCUUAGACACUUAAAAGCACCCCUUUUAAAAGGGCCACGUAAAUUAGAAAAGGUCUACCUGAGUGAUAACAAGUGGGAUUGCAGUGAUGGUGGUCUCGAUUGGCUUGCGAUGGAACACGAAAAUGGUACCAUAAAACGAAUGAUUGUUGAUUAUUAUCUACUGGUCUGCCAUCAACAGCUUUACAGAGGAAAACCUUUACACAAAGUCAUGGACAUCAUAAAAAUGGUUCGCGAAACUUGUCCACAGCCUUGCUUAUGCGCAAUGACUCAUGUAGUGACCGAUCGAGUUGGUGGUAUCAUUCCGUUAAUCACAGUGGGCUGUGCGAAUAAGAAAUUAAAAGUCCCACCUACCACUUUACCACCCAGUGCAACAACUUUAAGAUUGGAGGGAAAUAAGCUAAAUACAAUUAGACCAUUGGUUCAGGAGCCUCAAUAUAGAAAACUUAUGGAUUUAUAUUUGGACAAUAAUAGUAUUCCUGCUGUUAAAGAAUUGGAAGGUUCUGAAUGGUUCACCACAUUCAGGGUACUGAGUCUACGAGGAAACUUUUUGAAACAGAUACCAGUUUAUGCCUUUGACAAAGCAUUUCAAGCGAAUAAUAAUAUAAUGGGCGUAUUUCUUGGACAGAAUCCGUGGCGAUGCGAUUGUCACUUUAUACCCCGUUUUCAAGCUUUGCUACUCAAAUAUAAAAGGAUUAUACGAGAUUUAUCUGAUAUAAGGUGCUCGAAAUCUGAAGAUAAGACUAUUUCGCAAGUACAAAUAAGCACAAUGCCAUUGGGAAACGUUUGCGGACGAACCGAGACGAAGUCAAUACCAAUAAGCUCGAUUAACAUUGUGAAUUUAGUACUUAGCUUUCUCAUAUUAAUUAUUAUCGCGAGAUUUCUAUACGACUGGCAUCAUUUUAGAACCACAGGGAAGUUACCAUGGCUAUCGUCAAUACUUCCGUGAAAUAUGUAUAAUUACAUAAAAUUUGGAUGAUACCAUAUUAUUAUAUACCAUUAGCUCAAGUACAAUUGUAAAGAUAAUUUGACCCCGCCUAAUAUUUUUACGUAGCAUUGAUGAAAAUAAUUUAUGUUAUGGCAAAGUCGUAAUAAUAUGCUAUCAAGCAUUCAUAUCAAGCAUAAUAUCAAGCAUGUAGAAAGUAUGAUAGAUUACUAGUAAUAUAUUAAGUAUUUAAUGUUAAAAUAAUACUACUUAGUUGUAUAUUUACAUUAAGAUAUUGCUGUAAAUCUGGAUUGAGUGGGAUCCCUCAGUCAUAUUGCUUUGUAUAUAUUUUUGGUCACAGAAGUAAUUUUAUUUAUUUCUAUUAACGCUGAAGCUUAAAUUUAAACUAUUAUAGAUAAAGUAGAUAACUAAGUUAUCCUAACCUAGUCUUGCCAUAAAUACUUUGUGUAAUGCAAUCACAGCUCCAUACCUACUUUGUGUAAUGCAAUCACAGCGAUUUAGUUCUCUUCAUCACUCCACUGCAUUUUAAUAUCGCAAAAUAUUAUGCAAGGUAUUUGCGCCAAAACUAAUAGUCCUCUGGAAAAAAGGCAAAUUGCAAAGUUGUAGGUGAUAAAAAGAUCUAUAACUUUUGUAUUUACCCUUUAUACAUAAGCUCAAAAAUUAUUUAUAUUAUUAUUUGCAUUUUCUGAAAAGAUUUACUAUAGUAAUAUAUUAUUUCCAUCGAAAAGUAGAGAUUUCAACAAACAGAAGGCAAGCAGCAGAAUUUUCCAUUAAAAAUUAGGGUGAAAGAAGUGUAAAUUCAAAAGUUUUAGAUCAUUUUAUCAUCUAAAACUUUGCCAUUUGACGCUUUUCCAUAAGACUCUCGAUUUUCGGAAUAGUUUUUCCGAAAAUCGAUCGAAAUAAGCCGUUUCAAACUUAAAAACUCACACCUUCCUCUUCCCGACCUCAAAUCGCUCGUAAAUUAUUUUUUCUUUCAUUUUUAUAAUAUUGUCCUUCUUUUCCAAUGGUUUUCAUCUAAAAUUACUCUACUCUCUAAAAUUACUUUUUUUGGAUUUAAAAAUUAUCGAUCCUGGUCUAAUAAUAGUAUACAUAUAAGUACUGAUUGUCGUUUAUUAUUUUACCUUCAAGAAUAGAAGGUAUUUUUAG